AUUGUAUUUGUAGCACGACAAAGAAUCUAUGGAAAAUGACGUGGUGAUAAAAAUCAAAGGCCUGAGAGUUUGGACGCCUGAAGAAAAGUCGUGGUGGAGGCGAAAACCUACUAAACCACAAAAUGUUAUACUUAAUAAUGUUACAGGAAAUAUUAGACGAAGUGAAUUUGCUGCUGUCAUUGGCCCAAGCGGUGCCGGAAAAACCACAUUUUUAGUAUCUUUAGCGGGGAAAUGUAUGCUACCGUCAGAGGGUUCAGUAACCCUUUAUGGACAAAAUGUCAAGGCAUGUCCCGGAGCCGUGGAGAUUGCCCCACAGCAUGAAGCGUUCAUGGAUGGACUUAGCGUAAUGGAGCACUUGGUAUUCAUGACUGAAAUGAGACUAGGCAGCUGCAAAGAUCUGAGGAUUAGGUCUAUGCUGAACAGCAUAGUGGAGGAGUUUAAAUUGAAACAUCAUGUCAACACUCCAGUCGGAGGACUGUCCGGAGGGGAAAGGAGAUUGCUGUCACUCGCUACUACGUUCCUAUCAGACCCACAAAUACUGAUCUGUGAUGAGCCAACCACAGGGUUAGACAGUUACAACGCACUCCUCGUGAUUGGUGUACUGAAGACGCUGUCAGCAUCAGGCAGGAUCGUCAUUUGUUCCGUACACCAGCCUUCUUGUGAUCUGUUUAAGGAGUUCAGCUCUAUACUCUUAAUGGCUGAAGGUAGACUACUGUUCCAUGGCUCACAGGAUGAAUGCAAAGAUGUAUUUGAAAGCAUAGGUCUGCUGUGUCCCCUGAACUAUAACCCAGCAGAAUUCUACAUCAGAGCAGUCAGUUCCAGUGGCAACGUUCAUAGACUAGUGGAAAUUUCCCAAAACCGGUUGGAGUACAACAGAACGAGUUCCAUACGACCCGAUUUGGUCCAUACUUAUAAUAGGCCUGUCCAAAGGAAUUGGUUCAAACAAGUACACUUAUUGUUAUGGAGGCUCUCUUUAACAUUAAAAAGAGAACUUAGGAAUCAAAUUCUACAAUUAUUCAUUACUGUGGUAAUAACAUCAAUGGUCUUAGGAGUAGCCUACGUAGGAGCUACAGGCACAACCCAGCGUGGAGUCCAAGAGAUACGUGGCUUCCUCUGGCUCCUUACCAGCGAAGUAUCCUUUGGAGUAUCAUACAGCGCCCUCUACGCUUUCGAGUACGAAAUAUCGCUGUUCAAAAGAGAAGUCGGCGUCUAUAAAUGUUCGGCUUAUUUUGUGUCCCGGUUUUUAAGUUUUAUACCACGCUGCAUAAUAUGGCCUGUCGUCCUGGUCUCCAUCUCAUCUCUAGCCGUGGAUCUGCCCAACCACGUCAUCACGACAUUGGAGUUCAUUGUCCUACUGGUCGUGAGCGCCAUCCCAGCUGUUGCUUAUGGUCUCGGCAUGGCAGCAUUGUUCACAUCAACCGGCAUCAUAGGUGACGUCAUGCCCUGUGUGGAUCUCCCACUGUUCCUCAUGUCAGGAGCGUUCCUGCGAAUAUCUUCAUUACCGCCCUGGAUGUUCCCCAUCAAGUAUAUAUCGCAUUUCUACUACACUAUGGAUGCGAUCAGCAAUGUGUAUUGGCGACAAAUUGAUUUUAUUGAUUGUCCAACGAAUGAAACUUCGACCUGCGUCAAGGAUGGUGCAACAGUGUUAUUGGAAAAUGGAUACGUGAACAAUUUUAUACUACAAGAUUCAUUAGGGUUUGUCUUGAUCACUCUCAUCUGGUGCCUAUUAGGAUACCUAGGGUUAAAGAGGGAGGAAAAGAAAGGCUAUGCUUAUUAG